CUAGUAGCAUAGUGUACUUGGGUGUUUCAUCCGAGUAACAGCAGCAUCCUAGCAACCGUGCAUCCUUUUCCCCAGCUGUCUCUGCCUGUGUCUGUGUCUGUGUGUGUUUUUCUGUAGUUUCUUCUUGGAUCCGGAUCCGUAUCCUGCCCCCGAGAAGAUGAUCAAGCGUUCGAUCAUUCUGUGCUGCCUGGUGGCCGUGGUCCUCUCAUCGGAUGACCUAGAGGGUGCCGAGUCCGGCUGGAGUGGCUGGAAAAGCGGAGGAGGUGGUGGUGGCGGCUGGAGCGGUGGUGGCGGUGGCGGCAAAAAGAUAAUCAUCGUCACCACGGGCGGUGGGGGCGGUGGACAUGGAGGUUGGAGCGGCGGCGGCGGUGGCAUCUCCAAGGGAUGGUCCAGCGGUGGAAGCGGCGGAUGGUCACUGGGAGGAGGUGGCGGAUAUGGAGGAGGACACGGAGGUGGUCUGAGCUCCGGAUGGAGCAGUGGACGUAGCCUGGGCGGUGGAUGGUCAUCGGGCGGUGGUCUGAGCAAGGGCUGGUCGUCCGGAGGUCUCGGUGGUGGUUACGGAGGUGGCAGCUAUGGAGGCGGCUAUGGCGGAGGUCAUGGCGGUGGCUGGUCCUCGGGUGGAAGCGGUAUCAGCAAGGGCUGGUCUUCGUCUUCCAGCCUUGGGGGAGGAUACGGUGGAAGCGGUGGCCAUGGAGGCGGCUGGUCUUCCGGAGGUGGCCUAAGCAAGGGCUGGUCUUCCGGUGGAAGCGGCGGUUAUGGAGGUGGUAGCUAUGGAGGUGGCUAUGGCGGUGGACACGGAGGUGGUUGGUCAUCGGGAGGUGGUCUGAGCAAGGGUUGGUCUUCCGGUGGAAGCGGCGGUUAUGGAGGUGGCAGCUAUGGUGGUGGUUAUAGCGGUGGCCACGGAGGAGGCUGGUCCUCGGGUGGUAGCUCGGGUGGCUGGGGAUCGAGCGGAUGGUAAACUCGAGCGGAACCCCGACUCACUGCCCUGACGCAACCGAUCCGGUGUUAUUGUUGAAGAAACCCCAAUAAAAGAAACAACGCGUUUUGUACAUAACCUAAAAA